UACCCUCGGCGGUUGUUGAUAUACCGGGCACCGACUCUGGAGCUCGCCACUAUUGGUACCAUUAAACUCACAGGCCUGGGCGCCUUCGCUAUGGCUUGUCUCGUCAUUGCUCCCAAUGUCUACUUCGACGAGUCCAGUCCUGUUUGGAUGGCCCCUGCAGUCAUUGCCGUAUCCGCAACUCUUGUCCCUCUCUUUCACGUCUUGACGAGGCCUUCCGUAGCCAACAUCUUUAUUGACGCUCCUGCCUCAGCCCGUCGAUCCAAGGAAGCACUGGUUUCGUUCGCCAAGCGUGUGCCUCUAGACACCGCUUUGGAGAUCCAGACGCUGGGUCUUCUCUCUGUGCCCAGGACAAAGACAUUGCGCGUUGGAGAAUUGAGAGUUCGUCCCGAAGGUUGGGGUCGCUUGGCCAAUCUCGAGCAGGUCCAUGCCAUCGACAAAACCUCCAAGAUUCCCAAGUGGGCAAGGUGGUCGCUACAGCGUUUUUACGCUCGUCCAGUCCCCUCUCGCUGGAAGAAUAGCCGUGCUCCCGAAGUCUGGCCACUGGUCCUCGAGGCCAUUACUAGGAACACUGUGGCCAACAUGUCGGGGAAGAACCUGCCACCACCUGUGAGCGCAGUUCCUUCAGCUCGGCUGCAGUCGCCUGCAAGUGUGGUGCGCCCAGCUCGAUCAUCUGCUCCUGUUGUGCAGAAGCAGGUGCCGGCUCAAAAGGCUGUUCCAAAAGGUAGACAAAAUAUGCGCAAAAAGUGA